AUGCCCUCCAGGUUUGUCCAUGAGGCCACAGUGAGCGCCUGCGCCGCUCCGACGGGGCGGGGCCACGGCCGGAAGUGGGCGGGACGUGCGGGGGUCAGUCGCCCCGCAGAUCCGCUUUCUGGCUGCGCGACCCCGGGUGCAGAUUAUGUCACCAGGAUUGAGAAGAAGGAGUGUGUUCAGAAGGAAGACAUGGCUGAGGAUCUGGAAUUAGAGGUAGAAAUGUCAGAAAACUGUGCUGGCGAUAUCUCCCAGUCACCUGGGCUUGCAGAAGUCUGUGAUGACGUAUUAGCAAGAGACUGGGGAGUCCCUGAAGGAGAGAGGCUGGUGCAGUCCUCGUGCCAGGAUGGGGACUUCACACCAGCCCAAGUUCUGUUUAAAAGCUCCUUAGAGGGAAAAGACCUGGACUGCAGAGGUUUGGGCAGAAGCUUCAGUCUGAGCCCAACACCAAGGUCCUAUCAUCAGGGGGUUCCUGCAGAAGAAAUGCCGCACCCAGAUGAUUUGUGUGGUCAGAGCCUCCAGCCCAGCAUGGACCGACCUGGCCCUGAGGGGGUCACCACAGCUGAAAGCCCCCUCAUAUGUAAUGAGUGUGGAGAAACCUUCAGCAGAAACCCUGACCUUAUUCAGCAUCAGACAGGCCACACUGGGGAGAAGUCCCUGAUGUGUAGUGAAUGUGGGAAGUACUCCAGCCAGUCUCGCAGGAGAGAGAAAGCUCAUGAGCGCAGCACGUGUGGGAAAGCCUCCCCUGAGCACACAGACCUGGCCAGGCAUCCGAUUCACCAUGGUGGUGAGAAGCCUUAUGUGUGCAAUGAAUGUGGAAAGGCCUUCAGCCAGAACUCAAGCCUUAAGAAGCACCAGAAGUCUCACAUGAGCGAAAAGCCAUACGAGUGCAAUGACUGUGGAAAGGCUUUUAGACGGAGCUCAAACCUCAUUCAACACCAGAGAAUCCACUCGGGGGAGAAACCUUAUGUGUGCACUGAAUGUGGGAAGGCCUUCAGGCGGAGUUCAAACCUCAUUAAACACCACAGGAUUCACACAGGGGAGAAGCCUUUUGAGUGUAGUGAGUGUGGGAAGACCUUUAGCCAGAGUGCACACCUGAGGAAGCAUCAGAGGAUUCACACUGGAGAGAAACCUUACGAGUGUCAUGACUGUGGCAAACCAUUCAGUCGUAUCUCCAACCUCAUUAAGCACCACAGGGUUCACACUGGAGAGAAACCAUAUAAGUGCAGUGACUGUGGGAAAGCAUUUAGUCAGAGCUCCAGCCUUAUUCAACAUCGCAGAAUCCACACUGGAGAAAAACCUCACGUAUGUAAUGUGUGUGGAAAAGCCUUUAGUUACAGCUCUGUUCUCAGAAAGCACCAGAUAAUCCACACAGGAGAGAAGCCGUACGAAUGUAGCACCUGUGGGAAAGCCUUCAGCCACAGCUCAGCCCUCAUUCAGCAUCAGGGCGUGCACACGGGUGACAAGCCCUACGAGUGUCGUGAGUGUGGGAAGACCUUCGGUCGCAGCUCCAACCUCAUUCUUCACCAGCGAGUCCACACGGGAGAGAAACCCUAUGAAUGCACAGAGUGUGGGAAGACCUUCAGCCAGAGCUCAACCCUCAUUCAGCAUCAGAGGAUUCAUAAUGGGUUGAAACCCCAUGAAUGUAACCGGUGUGGUAAAGCCUUCAACCGAAGCUCCAAUCUCAUUCACCACCAGAAAGUUCACACGGGGGAGAAACCUUACACGUGUGUUGAAUGUGGCAAAGGCUUUAGCCAGAGCUCGCACCUCAUUCAACAUCAGAUAAUCCACACUGGCGAAAGGCCCUAUAAAUGCACGGAGUGUGGGAAAGCCUUCAGCCAGCGGUCAGUCCUCAUCCAGCAUCAGAGGAUUCACACUGGGGUGAAACCCUACGACUGCACUACUUGCGGGAAAGCCUUCAGCCAGCGGUCAAAGUUGAUUAAACACCAGUUGAUCCAUACCAGGAAUUAGCCCACUGAGGUGGUGGGAGUGAAACCGUGCCUGGUUUCCUCGCUGACUCCCCUGACUGUUGCAGCCUCUGCUGUUUCCCAGACCUGAAGCCUGGCCUGAGCUCUUCACCCUGUGCGCAGAUAACCAGAAAGCCUGGGGCCCUCCCCUGAGUCAUCCUGUGCAGGUCUCCUUCCCAAUGCCAUUGCUCCUGCCUCAUGUGACCUGUUUUUGCACUAUGUGAGCAGAAUGACAUCGGUUAGAAGGUAAAAUGUAAUGGAGGCUUUUAUUAUUGCAACCAAAAGUUACCAAAAAAGUAAAGUAACAUUUGGAUUCUGAUAACCACAGUAAUCCUUUUAUUUAGUAACUGGUCAUAAGGGGUGAGUUCUUUUCAGUGGCUAUAAUUUAUAUUGUUUCUAUAAAAUCAAGUUUAUAGUUUUUCAGGUUUGAUUCUUGUGUCAUCCUCCCCAGAUAACCCAAUCCCUUCCCCUCCCAUUCCAUAACUUGGCGCCAGGACCCCCCACUGCCAUGUGUGCCUUUGAGCAUACCUGUAGUCUGAGGUCAGCUUUCUCCUCCUCUCGGCUCUAAUGUGGCUUGGGUCCCCUGGCCCCUCUUUGCUGCACAAUUCCCUGUGGCAUUUUCCCAGCUUCCAGUUUCCAUUCCUCAUGGUGCAGGAUCCUCAGAGGCAGCUCUCUCUGUACCUCAUUUUCUCCCCCACAAGCUUCCAGGCUGUCUUUUCCCACAUGCAUUUGUCACUGGACAUUUACACCUCCUUGGUGUCUUGCCUAGGGUGCCCAGCUCCCCCACUCCUGUCCUCAGUUUCCCAAAGCUGUUCUCUUGCUCUCUGAACAGGGGAAGCUGAGCUCAGAUGCAACGCAUGUAUCCCAGAGAUAUCAACCUGGGAAUGUCACAGGACAGUUAAAAAAAACUGCAACCCACAGAACAAUCCUGACUCAACAUGUCUUUCAGUAAACAGUUUUCUUGGCACACAGCCAUACCCAUUUGUUUAGCUACCUAGUGGCUUUUGCAGGAUAGACUUCAGCAGUUGCAAUAGAGACCACAUGGCCCAUAAAACUGGAGUGUUUGCUUUCUGGCCUCUGCAGGAGAAACUUGCUGACCCUGACUUAACCUGCAGCUCUGUGAUCUUAGGUGGCUCAUGGCCUAGAUUUCCCCAGGGCACAGCUUGUGCAAAGUGUGUUUUGUGUUCUGCUGAGGUGACUGCAUGGGCCAUUCUGUAGCCACAGAGGACCCUAGUCCUCCUUACCCAUAAAGUCCUUGGGAGAGAUGCAGAACCUGUGUUUUUAUUGCAGCUGAGUUUUGUGAAGAGUAAAAGAACUGGAGUUUGCACUCAACAGAAUCACUAGGAGAGCUGGAGAAGUAGACCUCAGGCUAAGCUUCCAGGACAGAUUUCAGAACCAUCUCACAAAACCCCACUGCUUUGCUGUGACCUGGGCUGGUAAGCAGAUGCCACACUGCCCUGUUUUCAAUGCAAGUCUUGAUCGAUCUGAGCCCUAGAACCCAGUCCUGUUUCCCUGCUAGCAGCAAGUGUGGCUUCCAUGGUGGAAAGGCUAUAGAGAGCUACUAAAAUGGGGAGGUUUCAUGACAUUUCGGGCUAUCACAAAUGACAGACACCCACUAUGGCCUACAUUUUGUAAUCUGGAAAGCCUGAAAUAGUUUCAUGAAGGAAAAUACCCACAUCCUUUCACUCAGAUUCCCCAAUUAACAUUUUGCCACACCUGUAAUCGUCUUCUCUUGCCUCCCUGUCUGCAGGUAGACACCGACAUUUUCCCCAACAAAGUAAGCUACAGACAGGAUCCAUCUUCACCCCAGAUAACUCCAGUAUGUGCUUCCUAAGUUUUCUUAGUACUACCACAGCACUGUCAUCAAAUAAAGUGAAUGCUGAGGCAGGCAUUGUGGUGCACUGGGUUAAGCUGCCACUUGGGAUUCUAGCAACCCGUAUCCAUGCCAGUUCAAAUCCCAGCUACACCACUUCUAAUCCAACUCCCUGCUGAUGCACCUAGGAAAGCUGCAACAGAAGGCUGGCCCAAGUCCUUCGGCCCCUGCACCCUCGUGGGAAACACAGGUGGAGUUCCAGGCUCCUGGCUUUGGCUUGGCCCAACCCUGGCUGUUGGAGCCAUUGGCGAGUGAGCCAAUGCGUGGAAGAUCCUCUGCCUUUCAAAUUAAUCAAGCAUUUUUUAAAAAGAGGGAGGGGCCCACGCUGUGGUAUAGCAACUAAAAGUCUCCAACCGCGAUGCUGGCAUCCCACGUGGACACUGGCUUGAGUCCCAGCUGCUCUGCUUCACCCAGCUUCCUGCUACUGUGCCUGUGAAAGCAGCAGUUGGGGCCCAAGUGCUUGGACCCCAGCCGCCCACCUGGGAGACCAUAUGAAACUUCUGGGUCCUGGCUUCAGAUCAGCCCACCUCCAACCUUUGCAACCAUUUGAGGAUGAACCAGCAGAUGGGAGAGCUCUUCUGUCUCUCCCUCUCUCCGUAAUUCUUUCAAAUACAUAAAUAAAUCUUUAAAGAUUUUUAAAAAGGUGUUGACAUACUGUAACUUAUAAGCCUUAAUGCUUUGCCAAUUGUUUAUAUCAAUUAGAAAUUCUCUUCCUGCUCCAGGAUCCAGCCUGAGGUCAUACAUACAUAGUUGUCACAACCUUCCCUCCACACUAGUUCCUGUCUUAACCUGUCAUGAUAUUUGACAUUUUUGAAGAGUGCAUGUCAAUUUCUUUGUAGAAAGUCCUUCACCUUGAAUUUUUCCAGUGUUUCUUGGUGGUUUGGGCAGGAAUUGUGGAAAAGAUGUGUUCUCAAUGUGUUGUAACAGGAGGUCCAUAACUGUCGCUUUUGUUGUUAAUCUGUUGCUCAGCUGAGAUGGUUACUGCUAUACCUCUCCACUAUAAAACUAUUCCCCCUUCUUAUUAAGUAUUUUCUUAAAAGAUACUCAAGUUAUGUAGACGAUCCUGUUUUGUAUCAUUUUUAUUCCCAUUUAGAUCCACAGAUAAUUCUUCUAAUACAGGAGUUUUACUUUCUCUAUUUACUUAAUGCUUGGUAAUAUUCACCGCAUGCAUCAUUUUUUCAUGAACUUUUCGAACACCUCUCAAAUGUAUGAAUUUCAAAACUUUUUUUCAUGAAAAUAAACCUAUCUUCUUUUUUAAAAAAAUUGAGUUAGGAAAAGAGAGCCAGCGCUGUGGUGUAGCAGGUAGAGCCGCUGCCUGCAGUGCUGGUAUCCCAUGUGGGCGCCAGUUCGAGUCCCAGCUGCUCCACUUCCGAUCCAGCUCUCUGCUAUGGCCUGGGAAAACAGCAGAAGAUGGCCCAAGACCUUGGGCCCCUGUGCCCAUGUGGAAGACCUGAAAGAAGCUCCUGGCUCCUGGCAUUGGAUCGGCACAGCUCCAGCCGAUGCAGCCAGUUGGGGAGUGAACCA